AUGUCACGCGCCUCCGCCGGCUUUGCAGACUUCUUCCCUACGGCGCCCUCAGUCCUGCAGAAGAAGCGCAGCAGCAAGCAUAGCAGCACCGGCAGCACCAGCCUGGAUAACAGCACCAGCAGCAAGCAGAAGAGCAAGCCGGCCUCCUCUGACCUGGAGCAGCAGCAGCAGCAUGACGGCGGCGGCGGCGGUGGUGGUGGGGAGUUCUCUUCUCCCAACGGGCACCCAGACGCAGCAGAUGACGCAGCAACGGCAGAGACGACGCCCGCAGCCACUGAACAUACGGGCACGAUACCUACUGAACAUACGUCUACGGAGAAUGGCGAGGGAGACGCGAGGAUAGGCUCGUCCUCCAGCUCGACAGAGUCCUCCGUGUCGAGCUGCGUCUCUGCCGGCCCGUCUGCCGCGGCCACCACAAACGGGACCUCCAUCUACGCCCUCACGCCCCUUACCAACACCGACUCCUCGCCGCCGCGCAAGUCCGGCAGCCCAAUGCUUCCCUCCAGGCCGGCUGGCGCUUCUUCCUCUGCUGCUUCCGCCCUGCUCGACCGUCCAAGGGAGAGCGAGAACGCUGACGAUGCCAAGGCCGCCGCCUCCCUCCUGCUGCACACUCCCCCUUCGCCGUCUCCGUCACGGCUCCCUCGCCCGGCCGGUGCAAAGGGAUACCGGCUCGUCUACGAUCCAGACCUGGACAGGAAACCGUCCAGGGACAAGCGCCGGAAACCCCAGUAUGCUGCCUUUGGAGAGGACGAACCCGAUGCUGCUGUCACCGCCGCUGCUGCUCCUGGCAUCGCCCUGGUCGACCCGCGGAGAGCAAUUGUAAACUACACCCGUGGCGCGGCCAGCAAGCAAAAGACAAAGUACAGGCCGGCUCCCUACACGCUCAAACAAUGGCCAUACGAUCCAGCUACCUCCAUCGGGCCCGGCCCGCCCACCCAGAUAGUCGUCACCGGCUACGACCCCUUGACCACCGAGGCCCCCAUCUCCGCCCUCUUCUCCAGCUUCGGUGAGAUCGCAGAGAUCGAUAACAGGACCGAUCCCACCACCGGCCGCUUCCUCGGGGUGUGCUCCAUCACCUACAAGGACAGCAGGUCCCUUCGCGGCGGCUCGCCCUUCUCCGCCGCCCAGUCCGCCCGCAGAGCCUACCUCGAGUGCAAAAAGGAACAGCGCAUCGGCACCAGGCGCAUCAGAGUAGAGCUCGACCGCAACGCCGCCGCCUGCAACCGUAUCGUCUCCAAGCUGAUUGCCCUCCAGAAGCAGGAACAGCUCGCCGUCUUUGAACAGCAGAACAAGGCCGAUAACGCUGAUGCAGCCAGGAAGCCGGAUAGCAAGUCCACAGCCGUCCCACCACCGCCUCCUCCCCUCCCUUCUGCUUCUACCUCUACUCCAUCUUCCUCUGCCAUACCACCUACCGGACCCAAGGCGGAUACCAUCACCACUGCUGACACGGCCCAGUCCAAGGACAACGCCCCUCCUCCGACUGCGCCAAAGGGGCCAUCCGGCAAAUCGUCCCUGCAUCCGGCCCUGCAGCUUCAGCCUCCCGAGGGCCCUCGCGCCAUUGUCAAACCCCCUUCUCUGGUAGAGGAGACCCCCAUACUAGACCAGAUCAAACGAGACCCCUACAUCUUCAUCGCACACUGCUACGUCCCCGUCCUCAGCACAACGGUACCCCAUCUCGAAAGGCGACUGAAACUGUACGAUUGGAAGUCCGUCCGGUGCGACAACACCGGCUACUAUGUCCUGUUUGAAAACUCCCGCCGCGGGGAGCUCGAGUGCGAACGAUGCUUUCGCGGGUGCCAUAUGACCGCCCUCUUCACGUACGUCAUGAACAUGGAAUGCCAGCAGUACGGCAACCCUACAUACGAACGCAGCCCCAGCCCCGAACGAGUCAAGGCCGAACAGCAGGAAAAAUCGGAAAAGGCACGCCUCAAGCGGGAGACAGAGCUGGACGUCGAAGAAGAGAAGCGGCUGCGGGCAGAGAACAUCGAUCCGACCACCGAAGUCGUUGCCAUUGCCGUCCGUGAGCUCAGGGACAAGUUGCUCGAAGACAUCAAGACCCGUAUCGCCGCCCCGGCCCUCUACGACUUCCUCGACCCCGACAGACACCGCGCAAAGAGGCAGAAACUAGGCAUUGCUGACCCCCAGGGAAUCAAGAGACCGGCCUUCCAUCUCGAUGCCGCGUUCGGGGGGGAGAACACUACGGAGUCCCGCAACAGCCCUGCACCACCGGGCGUCGCGUCGAAGAAUGUGCUCUCCCUGCCCCGUAUCAGAAAGGCCCGUGACUUUGAACAGAACAACUCUGCCUUUGUGGAUGAGCGACGGCGUCGUCCCGUUCGCCGGAGGGAGUUCAGGCCACUCUACCACCGUCUUCAGCAGCUUCACGACGAAGACGAUUCCGACGAUGAGCAGCAGACGUCCUUCACCCGGGAUACCGAAGAACAAGAAAGUAGACCGCUCUCCCGCCUGUCCAGCGAGGCAGAUAACGAUGACGACGAACAUCUUCGCGGCUCUCUCGUGCCCAGCGUCUCUGGCUUUGGCGACUCGGGACUCGACUCCGCCGGCAUCAAGGAUGAGCUGGACGACCUCGAUCGUGAGAUGCUGGGAGAAGCAGGUGAAGAUGAACGCCUGUCGAAGAAGCGGAAACGGCUCAGCAUGGAGCUACUGGAGAUGGAGAAGCGGCGGAAGAAGGUCGACGAGCUGUUCGGCGUCGAUACCUCGCAUGUCGUUGGUGAUCUCGCUCAGGAACCGGAUGAUCUAUCCAUGAUCGUGGACUCCCAGCAGCCACUCAGCAAAGUCAAGGGCAAGAAACCGAAGAAAAAGACCAAGAAGCAACUCCUCAAGGAAAAGGAAGUGCUUAAAUUGGCUAAGCUCGAGACCGCAGCGGAAGAGGGUCUUGUUCCCAAGGUUGAUGAUAUCUCGCUUGACGUCACUCCUAUUGAAGAGUAUAUCGAAACGGAGGAGAAAGAGGAGGAGGAAGAAGAUGAAUACGAAGAGAAAUACGUCAAGCCAGAGGUAGAAUGGGGCCUAUCCACGACCGAACCCAAGGCAACGGUGGAAGAUGACGAGAGCAUCAUCCUCGAUCUCGACGGAUGGCAGAACCUGGUCAAGGAUGCAGAAGACCUUCGCUUCCUACGAGAAGCCCUACACUCCCACCCAUCCACCUUCGACAUCUCCAUCCCCAACGUCACGGCCUGGGCCUGGAACCAGAAACAGAUCAAAGCCAUCAACAGCCACGGCGCAAGGGGGCCAGUCCGCUCCGAACUCAAAAUAGAAGGCUACUACGUCCCCAACCCAACAGGCUCCGCUCGUACCGACGGACGGAAACGCAUCCUCGAGUCAGAAAAGUCCAAAUACCUGCCUCAUCGCAUCAAGGUCCAAAAGGCCCGCGAAGAGCGCGAGGCACUCGCCAAAAACGACCCGCAGGCCACCACAGAAGCAUCUCGGGUCCUGGCAGCCAAAACAAUCUCCAAAUCUACCUCCUCCAGAUCAAACAGAGUCAACAACCGCCGUCUCAUAGCCGACAUCAACGCUCAGAAGCAAGCCCUGCCCACCCAAAGCGGCGAAGGCGACGUCCUGCGCUUCAAUCAGUUGAAGAAGCGUAAGAAGCCAGUACGCUUUGCUCGCUCCGCGAUCCACAACUGGGGUCUAUAUGCGGAAGAAAACAUCACCGCCAACGACAUGAUUAUCGAGUACGUGGGUGAGAAAGUCCGGCAGCAAGUCGCUGAUAUGCGCGAACGUCGAUACCUCAAGAGCGGGAUUGGAAGCAGCUACUUGUUUCGUAUUGAUGAGAAUACCGUCAUCGACGCAACGAAGCACGGCGGCAUCGCAAGAUUCAUCAAUCACAGCUGCACCCCGAACUGUACUGCGAAAAUCAUCAAGGUCGACGGCAGCAAACGUAUCGUCAUCUAUGCCCUACGGGACAUCGAGAGAGACGAAGAAUUGACGUACGAUUAUAAAUUCGAGCGAGAAUGGGACAGCGACGACCGUAUCCCUUGUCUCUGUGGCUCAACUGGCUGCAAGGGAUUCCUCAACUAA